AUGGUGAAACGAAACCACAAGUUCAAAUCUGGCGAAGGUGCCAUGUACUACACGCGCCGUGCCGCCAUGCGAAAGUUGCAGCUUAAAAUCCAAGAUUUCCGCCAGCUUUGCAUUCUCAAGGGUGUCUAUCCGCGUGAACCGAAAAACCGCGCCCGGGCGCAACACGGUUCGAAGGAGCUAAGAAUUCUGUACCACAAGAAGGACAUUACCUUCCUGCUGCACGAACCGAUCGUGUGGACGUUGCGCGAUCGAAAAAUCUUCAACCGUCGUAUCAAACAUGCGGCGGCAAAACAGAACAUGAGUCUGCGGGACAUACGUCUGCAUAAUUAUCCGCAGCUAAAGUUGGAUCACAUCGUAAAGGAACGCUAUCCGACGUUUAUCGAUGCGAUCAAGGAACUGGACGAUUGUAUGACACUGCUGUUCAUGUUUAGCACGUUUCCGGCAACGAAAAUUAUUACCCGCGAGCUGACACGCAUGAGCCGCCGGCUGACGGUGGAGUUUAUGCACUACAUCAUUGCGGCACAGGCCUUGCGGAAGGUUUUCAUCUCGAUCAAGGGUUAUUAUUUUCAGGCCGAAAUUAAGGGCCAAACGGUGACGUGGAUUGUCCCGCACUACUUCCCGUACGCACCGCACCGUGGCGAGAUGGUCGAUCUGAGCAUUAUGAAAUCGUUUGGUGACUUUUUCAUCGUGAUGGCUGGAUUCAUCAACUUCCGUUUGUACCAUUCGGUAAAUCUGGUGUAUCCGCCACAGUUUUCCCAGGCGCUUGAUUCGGAGGAAACGAUGAGCAGUGAGCAAAAAUUCGUGUCCGAACGUAUUGCGGCACUGAACGUGGAUUUGUUACGCUCGGAUGGUGGUGGUAGUGGUGAGACGGAGGAACCCGAGUUGCUCGAAUGGACGGGUAACGAUGAGGAUCUGCCGCACGUAAACGAGAUCCGACAGGAAGCGCAAAGUGUGAACAAACUGAAGACACUGUUUAAGGGGCUUAAAUUUUUCCUGAACCGGGAGGUACCUCGUGAACCGUUGGUGUUUAUUAUUCGCUGCUUUGGUGGUAAGGUUUCGUGGGACAAAACUAUGUUUGCGGGCGCAACGUUCGACGAGAGUGAUGAAACGAUAACGCACCAGAUUGUCGAUCGGCCCUGCUUGGAAAAGCAGUACAUUUCGCGCGAUUACAUCCAACCGCAGUGGCUGUUCGAUAGUGUCAAUCAGCGACGAUUGCUUCCCACGAACAAAUACUUUAUCGGUGCAGUACUGCCACCGCAUCUUUCACCGUUCACUAACAGCAGAGCACAGUACGUGCCACCAGAAGAGCUGGCCCUGCGCAAUGGCGCCCAAGAGGAUGAAGAAGCGAACGAAAAGUUUGAACCAGCGGAAGUGAACGAUGAACAGGAACGAAUUUCGGACGAUGAGGAAUUGCUGGAUCCGGAAGAGGAACAGCUAAAGCAGGAAUAUGCGCUACUGAAAGCAUACAAUGACGAACGAACGGAUCAGCUAAACAGCGGUAAGGAGGAAAACACAUCCGCGCCGGACAAAAAUGGCAAACAAGAGAAUCAACCUGCAGUAGAAGAUGACCAGCAAGAACAGAAAUCGGUAAAACCAAAAGGUAUGAACGUACGACCGGGUAAAGUGUACAAGGAAAAUGCGGAAGAACAGCAGAAACUUACCAAGCACGAGGAAGCACUGCGUGCCCGUAUGGUAAAAUCGAAACAUCGCAAGCUUUACUCGCUGAUGAUGGAGUCCAGGAAAAAGUCCGAAAAGGAAGCCAAAUUCUUGGCGGAAAAGCGAGCCCGCAUUGAGAAGAAAAAGAAAGCGGAACAGGUCGAGAAGCAGAAGAAACAGCGGAAGGAAAUUUUGGCCUAG